CUGGAAUCGAAUUAAUUUAAGCUCUGAAGUGAAUAUGUGAAAACUUUUAAAGGAUAAAGUUGCAAUAUCCGAGCAAAAGGGACGCCAAAUCCGCCCGCGGCUCCAAUUAGUAGUAACGGUCUAAAAUUAUUCAUUGUCCGCACCGUUGUCUCCGGCUGGUCCUUGUCCUGCCGGCGAGCUCCUCCGUUGAGAAGUCGAAGCCGGUACCCCUAUCUCUUCGUCUCCGUCUAAGUCAUUGUCCCACGCAUUUUUUCAACUUCGACGCGCCCCUGUUUACGAACCCUAGGAGAGCAUCAAGUCGAUAGUGGCUGAUUCUGUCAAUAAGUUUCGAGUGCGAAAAUUUGUGUAAUAGAGCACCGACGCAGCCGAUUCGCCGGGUGAAAUCUUGGUAGGAUUUUAAAUGACCUGUAAUUUUUGUUCUGAUUCUGUCCUUAAGACUGUAAGCUGCACUUUGUGCUGUUGUUUCUCACUCUCCCAAAUCCUAAACCUAACUUUCAUACAAGUUUCGAGUUUUCUGUGUGUAUUUGAGUCUUCUUUCUGGAGCUCCUCUAUGGUUUGGGAUCGUUUGGCUGGUUUUCCAUUCACGUUUGAGUUUUAUAAUUUGAAUUCUGAUUUGCUUACGAAGUAUGUUAGCCAUCGAGCCAAUUCUAGUGAGCUCUGUAUGUUUUUUCCUGAAAAAAAUUGAUUCUCAAGUAUGAUAUUUGUUUAAUUGAAUCGAUUAUUACUACAUAAGAAUGUCACUAGGUUUUGAGGCUGCAGCCUUGUAACGAGCUGAGAUUUUGUGAUUCUUGAAUCCAAACUUAGUCCAGCAUCUGGCUUUCUUGUGAUUGGUAAUUGAUGAUAUUAUGACUGCUUAGAAUUCCUACGAUGAACUGAGUGAACAGCCAUGGAAAGUUGAUACGUGGAAAUUCUCUGGAAUGUUAUGAAUCUUAUGGAAAUUUGUAGAACUUUUAUCGUGUGUUGCAGUUCUGAGUGAAAUCUUGUGAUGUAAUUAUCUUUGAUCAGAAAUGUUUGAAGUAGUUUGAUCUAUUGUUCAUACCAGUUUUCUCCCUUUCUUUCUCUUGAGUUGCAGUUUUUAGUCAUGCCAAAGGUAAAGACCAAUCGUGUUCAGUACCCUGAAGGUUGGGAGCUAAUUGAACCUACCCUGAGUGAGCUACAAGCAAAGAUGAGAGAAGCUGAGAAUGACCCCAAUGAUAAUAAAAGAAAAUGUGAGGCAUUAUGGCCGAUUUUCAAGAUAGCCCAUCAGAAAAGUCGCUAUAUCUAUGAUCUUUAUUACAAAAGGGAGCAAAUCUCCAAAGAGUUGUACGAGUUCUGCUUGGACCAGGGAUAUGCAGAUCGGAACUUGAUUGCCAAGUGGAAGAAGCCUGGAUAUGAACGUCUCUGCUGUUUAAGGUGCAUGCAAACUCGUGAUCACAACUUCCAAGGAACGUGUGUAUGUCGGGUGCCGAAGCAUUUGAGAGAGGAGAAGGUUAUAGAAUGCGUUCAUUGUGGUUGCAAGGGUUGUGCUAGUGGUGAUUGAUCAUUUCUUGUGUUUAAACUUGCCAAAUUGUGAAGAGGCCCUAGUAAUCUAGUAUUUUAUUUAGUGUUAUUGAUGUCAACAAUUACUGUUAUAAUCUGCGGUUUCUGUUGCCUAAAAUUAGAAUCGAACAUGCACUUUUUUUUGUGGGUGUUAUUGAAAUAGUUAUAGCUAUGGAUUGAAAAUAGAGUUCUUCGAGUAAUAAAAAAAAGAUAUGAGUUCCUCCAGAUGUAUAAAUAAACUGCUUAUAUUAAAAUGCCAGCCGACUUGUGUACAAUACUAAUACAAAAUCUUCUUGGUUCGGAAGCUCAUUUUCCUAACUCAUUCAAUAAAGCAGAAUCCAUAGGCAAGGUCAUCUUUCCUGACCGAUAGUUUACAGAAUUCCCCUCAAAACAGGUUGUAUUCCUUUGCGUCAUUGAAACCUGUUUUGAACAGUUUUUGAAACUUCUCUAAUUGAGAAGUACCUUCAAAUUGGCCUCUAGCUGCUUGGAAAUUCGAUCAUGUUGAUGUUUUACUCCUCCAAUGUUGGGAAAUCCUUUGCAAUCAUCUGUUCUCUAUGCAGAACUCGAAGAUCCAGAUUCCUCUGAUCAACAGAAGAUAGAUUGUACAAGGAAAGAUAAAGAGACCUCACUUGGAAGAAAAAGACAGAAGAAGUAAAUUAUCAUACAGACAGUAGAUAUAAACAAAAGUAUAAAUGAGGAAUAUAGAUUAACAUUGAUAAUUACAGACAUCUGAAUCAACACAUCAUGCAUAAGCAAGGCAAAUCAGAAAAAUUUCAAAACCAGAUGAGGGAAUUGGUCGUCAAAAAGGGAAACUAACCUAAGUAUCAGGGGCAUAAUUGCCGAAUCCACUUUUAGCCACCUUCAAUGAUUGUAGAUGAAGAAUCAAGAACCGCAUUUUGAAGCUCCUUUCGCUUGAGAUAUUCAUGCAAAAUUGUUAGCCGAGCCGUUUCAAAGGCAAAGUAGCCUAUAGCAGAAAAACAGGCACUAUGAACAACUCUAGGACCCAUUCCUCUUGUAAAUCCUACCCACCCUUCUUCCUUCAAAAUCUGUUUUACAGUAGCCGAAACGCCAGUGUACAUUGCAGCUGCCACCUUAUUCACAGCUUCCCCUUGAGCCUGAGUCAUCAAUCUGGUCUUAACCACAUCCAGAGGAGUAGUCAAAGAAGCAGAUAUUGCCCCAGCUAAUGCCCCGCAACAAACACUUUGAAAAGGCUCCAAAUGCAGCUGGUCAGUCUUUCUCAGUACCGCAGCUUUUAAAUAUUCAAAUGAGGAAUAGCUCAACACCCCGGCUGGAAGAUUCCUGAGCAAUGUAGCACUGUAACCAGCAUAUAACCCCAAGAUUCCAUCUUUUUCCAAUAUCCUCAACAGUACCUCCCAAGAUCUCCCUUGUGCACCAGCUUGCAUCCUCUGAGUAAUCAAUUCUUUCGGUACCAUUAUAGCAGAUGACACUAUAUUCCCCAUCGCACCAGCAGUAGGAGGAAUCAAAACAGCAGGAUAUUGAGGAAUUUUUGACAAAAUUGAUUUUCCAAACUCACACGUACCAAAGUACACAGCAGAGGAAGCUGUAGAACCCACAAUAACUGCUGAAACACCUCUGUAAAACCCAAGAAUACCCUUGUUCUGGAAAGUCUUAGCAAUGGCAUCAAAGGUGCCACUAUAUAGUUCAGCUGCCCCCUUAGUCUGGAGCUUAGUCUUGAUGGUAUCAAGGGGGUGGAGACACACAUAAGUAAAUGCACCAGCAAUCCCACCAGCAGCUGCACCAAUGAGGGCUCUUUCCAUAACAGAAAGAUUCUUGAACAGGGCAUAGACCUUAGGAGAACCUCUUGUGGCUGGUUUCAGGGAAAUCUUAAAAGUGACUUUCGCGGGGCUUUUAAUUUGGGGUUCAAUAGAAGCCGAGGUUGAUGCAAAUUUAAGACCCUUUCGGCCGGAAAUUUUGGGGUUUUUGUUAUUUUCUAUUUUGAUUUGGGUGCUAGUGAGCUGAUGCAAGGUUGACAUGUUGGUUGAUAAGAGCGUGGAAUUAAGGUUGUUGAAGAGAGAAUUGAACUCAGAAGACUGAGACUUUGAUGAGAGUUUGAGAGUGGUGCUGGUCCGGAGCUCCAUUUGAUUGAUUCAAUGAAGCUAGGGUAUUGCUGCUGUUACUUCAGAAAAUGAUCAGGACCUAUUUGGACACAGAAUGGAUUGGGAUAGAUGAUCAUCAUAACUUGGAAACCAAAGUAAUCUGAACAGAACAAAAAAAUACAGUGCUAAAACACCAGAAUAAACCAAAUCAACAUGGAAUUGACACUGCCAGUAAGGAAUUGGAGCUGCUGAUAUUUGGAAGAAAAUCCCAAAAAAAGUUAAAGGGGGUGCCUUGAUAUUGCCUCCCACAGUCUACAAACAUGAAGAACGGAAAAGCAGCAAUUCGUUCACUAUUUGGCUAACAAAUAUAGUACAACUUUCGAAAACAGCAUGAUAACUAUUUUACAGCUACAAUCAGACAGCUAACACUUCCAGGCACUGUCUAGCCAACUAGAAUCCCCCCACCCUUACUUCAACCCGCAAGCCUUAUCAAGUUUGAUAUGAUUAAGAAAUCUAAUUCCUUAAACAUAACUAAAGUAUAGAACGACGAAAUGGUAGGUUUCGGGAUGCAGAAUUGUUCAUGGUCAACAAGAUACCACCUUUCACAUCGACAGCAUCAAUUCACUAAAUUUAAACAGCGAAUUCAGAAUACUA